UGUUCUCUCUGCGUAGUUAUUUCCAUCCGUUCUUCUGCAUCUCUCUCUUUUUGUCUAUGUUUCACUUUGCACAAGUCUUUCCCAUGGAGUUGGCGGGUUCUGUUUUCUAUCCCAAAACCCUGAUUCGACCUUGAGGUCUCAAGGGAUUGGAUUGACUCCUCUCUGUAUUGAAAUGGCGAUUGCAACUGGAGAUCGGUACCUGGAGAAGUUGGUGAAGUUCGUGGACGAACAAGCUGGUCCUCUGAUUGAAGGAACUCUGGUGUUGAAGCUUAACCCCGCUGGGCUUCACUAUGUUCAAUCUAGGCUUGAGGCCUUGCAUGAGGUUGAGAGCCUUCUUGCCGGGGCACCUGUUGACUAUUUGCGAGCUUAUGUCUCCGACCUCGGUGAUCACCGCGCUCUGGAGCAACUCCGUCGGAUUCUUCGCCUUCUUACCUCGCUGAAAGUUGUUUCUGUCUUGCCACCGCCUGCCAGGGAUCCCACGCCCUUGUCUUUCUUGUCUUUUGGGCGGUUGAAAGUGUUGGAGCUCCGGGGAAGUGACUUGUCCACUUCGGCGGCUAAAGGGUUGCUUGAGCUAAGGCACACACUCGAGAAAAUCAUUUGUCAUAAUUCCACGGAUGCGCUGCGGCAUAUAUUUGCAAGCAGGAUAGCGGAAAUUAAGAAUUCUCCGCAGUGGAACCGGUUGUCGUUUGUCUCUUGUGCAUGCAAUGGUUUGGUUCUCAUGGAUGAGUCUUUGCAGCUUCUUCCUGCAGUUGAAACGCUUGACCUUAGCAGGAACAAGUUUGCUAAGGUAGAUAAUCUUCGUAAGUGUACAAAAUUGAAGCACUUGGACCUUGGUUUCAAUCACCUGAGAACAAUUGCGCCUUUCAAUGAGGUUUCCUUUCAUAUUGUUAAACUAGUCUUGAGAAACAAUGCACUAACUACUUUGCGUGGGAUUGAGAAGUUGAAGUCACUUGAAGGACUUGACGUUUCCUACAAUAUUAUUUCCAAUUUUUCAGAGCUACAGUUCCUCACUGGGCUUCCGGUUCUUCAAAGCUUGUGGCUGGAAGGAAAUCCUUUGUGCUGUGCUCGAUGGUAUAGGGCACAAGUAUUCAGCUUCUUCACCUUCCCUGAAAAACUGAAAUUAGAUGACAAGGAAAUUAAUACCAAAGAUUAUUGGAAGAGACGACUAAUUAUUGCCAGCAAGCAUAGGAGACCUUCCAGCUUUGGGGUUUAUUUGCCUGCAAAAGAUGAGGAUGCAGAGCAGGAAACAUUAAAUAGAAGGAGGAAAGCUUCACGUCUUGCCUGUAUUGAGAAUGAAGAGGAUAUCACUAGCAUAUUGUCUGACGAGGAGUCUGUGUCAUGUGGGAAUGAUGCUCGAAGUCGAGAUGAUUGUGAUUUAUCUGAUGGUGAAGCUGAAAUAGUGGAUUUAAUGAAUAAAGUUGAGCAUAUGAAGAAAGAGCGUUCUAUUCUUUGGUUGCGGGAAUUUAAGGAGUGGAUGGAUAUUGAUUCUGGUAGAUUUGUGGAAAGCAGCAAAGAAGGAAAACCUAAAUUGCAUCCUCGGAGAGAGAAUAUAAAAAAGAGGCCAGACCAGGGGCAAACAGUUGAAGUCUCAAGAUAUGCCUCUGACUCUGUUCUAGCCUCUGGAGAUGAAAGUAGUUUGAAUAUUGUAGAGUCUGAUAGUUCUUUUGUAGAUACUUCUGCUAGUGUUCUUAGUCAGCAUUACUUUGAAAGUAGAGGUUUGCUUGGUAAUGCUAGUGGGGCUUCUCUUAAUGACUUAGGGGGAGUGGAUCAGGACCAUCUUAAAUCUCAUUCCUUGAAAGGGAUUAGUAGUGCAUUCUCACGCUCUAGAGGUUCCCAUUUUGAUACCUAUACUAAUCAAGAAGCACAUAGAAUGGCUGAAAAAGGUGACUUAUCGCCACUGACAACAAUUGAUGACAUAUCUGGAACUCACUCAUCUGUUUGCCCCUCAUCUCCUCCUCACUUUCAAGAAGACCUCCUUCAACGUCGGCAAAACUUGGUGGAGGAAAUUUUGCAGCUCUCUGCAGGCUCCUUUUCAGUAGCAUCUUCUGAUAGCAACACUAGCUGUAGUGAAGUUGACUACUCUGGAUAUGAUCAAUCAGUGCUUGAAAUUGAUAAUUUCUGUAAUAAAGACUAUGUGACCAGGGGUGUUAAUGAGCGUAUAUCACUAAAUCUACCCAAGGACAUUCUUAAUUAUCAAAGCCCUGGAAGAGAGAAUGGCAUUCAUUCGUCUGAUUUUUCUGCUGAUCAAACUUCUAAACAAUGUUCCAGCGAUUUUGCUGCUGGUGCUGACAGCAGUGAGAGUGCUUGUUUUGUUAACCAACAUGCUGAUCUGCUAGGGCUUAGAAAAAACAGAAAGAAAGCCAAGAAAAGAUUUAUUUCAAUCUUAGAAGAGAGUUCAGACAAUGCAUGUCAUUAUGAAAGUGAAUUUAAACAAGAGCAAAGUAAGCUAGUUUCUCAUGCAGAGGGCUCUGAAAUUGUGGGAAAGGAUCAAACGUUUGCAAAUUUCAAGAGAAUACUUCCUGCUGAUGAUGCUUCUGAGUUGUCUACCCAAGUUGGCAAUGAUGUGAUUGUUACUUAUUUCAAUACACAUAUUGCUGAUUCAGAAGCUCAUGAAAUUUGUAGCCGUUGUGUAUGCUGUAAUUCUGUCCUUCAGAGGGAUUCUACCUACCAGGAAAGGGAAGUUGCAGUGAUACUUAGCAGCCAUUUGAAGCUCUAUUUGCUACUAAUCACCGAUGCUGAUGACGAGUCAGGAAGUCAUCUGAGUUUAUUGAGUUGCCACAAGGCAGAAGAAGUUUGUGAGGUGCUUGUUGGGAUGGGACUUCAGGUGUUAAGGGUGAAUUUUGAAAGUGGUGAAACAUACCUUUUCAUUACAAGGAGCAUACAGAGGUCAAGAGAGCUACUAGAGACCUUGCAACUUUCUGGUUCUUGUGAAGAAAAUGAUAGAUGCUCAAUGAGAAGUUUGGAGCAGGUUCAGGUUGAAUUGUUUGACAACCAAAUAUGUGGUGGUUCCAAUUUGAGCAUUUAUCAGUAUGCAAUGGUGCUUGCUUGUUGUAACAACGGCAAAGACGAAUCAUGGCUUUCAAGAUCACUGUUUGUGACUGGGGGAUAUGUGCUUUUGUGCAUUGAGGAUGUGACCCAAUUCUGCUUAUUUUCCUCAGAUUCAUCUCUAUCACCGUAUUUCAGAAUUGACUCUUGUUGCCUAAUUACUGACAUUUGUGAGGCAGUUAUUGAUGUUAAAGAGCGCUUCUGCGUGACAUUAGUUCUGGAACGUCUAAUGUCAGAAUUCCACCAAUCUACCCACGCUAACCUUCAUGUUGUGAAUGACAGAAAUCAGAUUUCAAGAUCUAUUAAAUUGAAGCUUCAGUGGUUCUCUAGAGAUAAUUUGUUGAAGUUUGUGUCGUUGUUGAAGGCAAUCCAUGGAGAAAAAAUGGGCUCUACUUUGGUAGUAAGAUGUACAUCAUAAAGCUUUUUUGCUUAUUGUUGUUUCAUAUUCAUUUCAUUCUUUUGAUUUCAGUUUUCUUUUUGCUUUUUCUGUAAGUUGAAUGUUUUGGUUGGUUGCUUGGUGUGUUGAGUUGAUCCUAGCUUGCUUUCCUUUUAUUCUUUAAUUUGUAUCUGCGUAGCUGUCAUUCUUUGAUUUAUUGCAGUGUACAGAGUUGUACAGUACAAACAGCAAAUUUUUGUCUUGCUCUUUAACCUCUUCCCCUCUCCUUUUGGUCCAAUUUAUUGAAGAGGAAGAUCGCAAUCUUUGUGGAA